CCAGCCUCGAUAUCUGAAAAAAUCAUUAUAGACGACACCCUUUGAUCAUCAAGGCAGAUCUGAGCCCACUGCAUUUAUUGCCCUUGAAGGUUCGAUAUGGCACAACCAUCACGCGAAACUCCAUAAUCGCCUAAUCCUCAGCCCACUGCACACUACACUACCACGACCUGUUACUUCGUUACACAUACCCAUCCACAAUACAUAUCGACUGCCUAUACUGUACUUGUAUCUCGGAAAAUACAUUUCACGAUUCUAUAUACUACACGCCAUGCCUCUCACACAGAUCUUCCCCUCACCACCCCGCUUCCUCGGCGCAGGCGCCGCUCUCUCACUCCUACUCUUGACAUUCCUUGUCUUUGGACGCUCAACGUAUCUCUCAAAUCAUGCUGGGAACGGGUAUAUUGUAAAAUCCAACCUCGACUCUCCUACUUCCAACAGACACUGCAACUCACAGAGCGCAGACAAUGCGACGGAGUGGGAAUUUUACGUCCACCGAGACGGCAAUAACCAUGGCUUAUCCCACCAGCAAUGCCAAUCUGCGUUCCCGAAACUCUUUGGAGAUUUGAAUCAUGUUACAAAAAGUAGAGCCGAGAGUGGCAAGUUUAUUAGCUUUGAUGAGGUCGAGGAGCUUUCGAGGAGUGGGGAGGAUGUUAAUGGAGAUCGGGGGCUUGUGAGGGGGGCUAUUGUUGGUGGGGAGCUCUAUAUCAUCUCCUACGGCGCAAUGCCAUACACAUUUACCCGAGGAAAAGCAACCCUGCACUCGCUCAACCGCGCCCUAUCCGCCUACGCAGACAGGGAAACCCUCCCAAAUAUUGAAUUUGUCUUGUCAACCGACGACUUCUUCACCCCAAGCACGGGAAACCCAGGCCCCAUCUGGUCCUACUCAAAGCACCCCACAGACAACAGCACCUGGCUAAUGCCCGACUUUGGCUACUGGUCCUGGCCCGAAGUCUCGAUCGGGUCAUACAAGGAAAUCCGCAGCCGCAUUGCACAAGUCGACUCGAAUCUUGAAUUCAAAUCAAAGAAGAAACAACUCGCCUGGCGAGGAAGCGUCAGCACAAACCCCACAAUCCGCGGCGCACUCCUCGACGCCACCCGCGGCAGAUCUUGGGCAAGUAUCCGCGAAAUAAACUGGUCCGACCCGGCCGACGUGCAGGCCAACGCCCUCCCCAUGGAAGAAUACUGCCGCUACAUGUUCCUCGCGCACGCCGAGGGACGCAGCUUCUCCGGGCGCGGCAAGUACCUCCUCAACUGCAACUCGGUCGUGAUUUCGCAUGAGCUCACCUGGCUCGAGGCGCACCAUGGUGCGUUGAUUGCCGAGGGCCCCGAGGCGAAUCAUGUACGUGUUUCGAGGGAUUGGAGUGAUCUUGAGAAAAAGGUCGAACAUCUCAUUGAUAACCCGAAUGUUGCGGAGAGGGUUGCGAAUAAUGCAGUAAGAACAUUUCGGGAUAGAUAUUUGACUCCUGCGGCAGAGAGUUGUUAUUGGAGGUAUCUGGUUAGGGAGUAUGGGAGGGCUAGUGGGUUUGAGCCUGUGCUUGAGGAAACAAAAAAAGGAAAGAGGGUUAAGCGGGGGGUGCUUUUUGAUACCUGGAUUUUGGAGAAUUGAUUACAAGAUUUAUUGGAGUUUGGGCUGCUGCUUUAAUGUAUCCAAGGAAUUCGAAGAAUCAAUGGGCACCAACACGCGUGUAUAUGGGUAGGGGGUACACAUAUGGAUGUUCUAUACAGUAAAUGAAUUACUCCGAUUGUAGUUCAAUUUCAUCUAGCUCAUCCUUUGGCUAUUAGUGGCAUGUAAUGA